GGGAAGUCUCCGGCGGGUGGGGAGGCGGAUCGCGCUCUGCAUCCAUGGAGCGAGCUGAGGGGCUGAGAACUUGCUAAGGCCAUCAAACCUAUCGAUCGGAAGUCAGUCCAUCAGAUUUGUUCUGGGCAGGUGGUACUGAGUCUAAGCACGGCCGUGAAAGAAUUGGUAGAAAAUAGUGUGGAUGCCGGUGCCACUAAUAUUGAUCUAAGGCUUAAAGACUAUGGGGUGGAUCUCAUCGAAGUUUCAGACAAUGGAUGCGGGGUAGAAGAAGAAAACUUGAAGGCUUAACUCUGAAACAUCAUACUUCUAAGAUUCAAGAGUUUACUGACCUAAUUCAUGUUGAAACCUUUGGCUUUCGGGGAGAAGCUUUGAGUUCUCUUUGUGCACUGAGUGAUGUCACUAUUUCUACUUGUCACAAGUCUGCAAAGGUUGGGACGCGACUGGUGUUUGAUCACAAUGGGAAGAUUGUUCAGAAAAGCCCCUAUCCACGACCAAGCGGAACGACGGUCAGUGUGCAGCAGCUGUUUUAUACACUACCCGUGCGCCAUAAAGAAUUUCGAAAGAAUAUUAAAAAGGAGUAUGCCAAAAUGAUCCAGGUCUUGCAUGCGUAUUGUAUCAUUUCAGCAGGCAUUCGGAUAAGUUGCACCAAUCAGGUUGGACAAGGAAAACGGCAGCCUGUGGUAUGCACAAGUGGAAGCUCCAGCAUGAAGGAAAAUAUUGGAUCUGUGUUUGGGCAGAAACAGUUGCAAAGCCUCAUUCUUGUGCAGCUGCCCCCUAGUGAAUCCGUUUGUGAAGAGUACGGUCUGAGCUAUUCUAAUACUCUGCAUAAUCUGUUUUGUAUCUCAGGUUUCAUUUCGCACUGUGACCAUGGUGUUGGAAGGAGUUCAACUGAGAGACAAUUUUUCUUUAUCAAUCGACGGCCUUGUGACCCAGCAAAGGUUUCCAGACUUGUGAAUGAGGUCUACCGCACGUAUAAUCGACACCAGUAUCCAUUUGUUGUCCUUAACAUUUCUGUGGAUUCAGAAUGUGUUGAUAUCAAUGUUACCCCAGAUAAAAGGCAAAUUUUACUACAAGAGGAGAAGCUUUUGUUGGCUGUCUUAAAGACCUCUUUGAUAGGAAUGUUCGACAGUGGUGUAAACAAGCUUAACAUCAGUCAGCAGCCACUGUUAAAUAUUGAAGGCAACCUGAUGAAAAUCUAUUCGGCAGAAAUGGAAAAGCCUCUGCCAGAAAAGCAGGACAAUCCUGCUGUGUUAAGGACUCGAGGAGACGAAAAGAGGGCAGUGAGCAUUUCCAGACUGCGAGAGGCCUUUUCUCUCCAUCACGCAGCAGAGCACAAGUCUCAGCGCCUGAAAACUCCUGGACCGAGACAGACCUCUCCAAGGCAGAAAGCAUGUGUACCACAUUCCGGCACUUCAGAUCCCCUACCCUCCCAGAAGCGCAUCUCUGGCAGAGGCAUGUCUGGUCCUCAGGAAGAGGUGAUGCAUCCAGACGAGGGUCCCUGCGACAGAACGGACAGCCUGGAAAUGGAGGAGGACUUGGGGCUCGGCAGCGCAGCAGCCGGCUCGGAAGAGGGGCUCAGCACCCCAGAGACGGGCCGAGGCUUCAGCAGCGACCAUGCUGCAAGUUCCCCUGAAGGCAGGUCUUCCCAAGAAAACGUGGACUCGUGUGAGAAAUCACCUGAAACUGACCAUCAUCUUUCAGAAAUAGGAUGCCAUGUAGACCAGAAACAUACUGGAUAUAGAGUUUUGCCUCAGUCAUCUGAUAUCUUGUCGUCACCCAGAAAGUGUUUUAAAAAGGAAAAAAAUCCUUUAAAUGCUGACAUUCCUCAAAAGUUGACUAAUACUCAGAACAUUUCCUUAUGUCUAGUUGAUACAGCUGUUAAAAUUAAUAAGAAAAUAGUGCCUCUUUACUUUUCUAUGACUGCUUUAGCUAAACGGAUGAAGCAGUUACAUCAGCGAGAACAGCAAAGAGAAGGUGAACAGAAUUUUAGGAAAUUUAGGGCAAAGAUUUGCCCUGGAGAAAAUCAAGCAGCUGAAGAUGAGCUAAGAAGAGAAAUAAGUAAAACAAUGUUUGCAGAAAUGGAAAUCAUUGGGCAGUUUAACUUGGGAUUUAUAAUAACGAAACUGAAUGCAGAUAUCUUCAUAGUGGACCAACAUGCUACGGAUGAGAAAUAUAACUUUGAAAUGCUCCAACAGCACACUGUUCUCCAGGGUCAAAGGCUGAUAGCACCUCAGACUCUAAACUUAACUGCUAUCAAUGAAGCUAUUCUGAUAGAAAAUCUGGAAAUAUUCAGAAAGAAUGGUUUUGAUUUUAUUAUUGAUGAAGACGCUCCAGUCACUGAAAGGGUCAAGUUGAUUUCCUUGCCAACUAGUAAAAACUGGACUUUUGGAACCCAAGAUAUAGAUGAGCUGAUCUUUAUGCUAAGUGACAGCCCUGGCGUUAUGUGCCGCCCUUCUAGAGUCAGGCAGAUGUUUGCCUCCAGAGCCUGCCGGAAGUCUGUGAUGAUUGGAACUGCUCUUAAUACAAGCGAGAUGAAGAAACUCAUCGCCCACAUGGGCGAGAUGGAGCACCCCUGGAACUGCCCCCACGGGAGGCCGACCCUGCGACACGUGGCCAACCUGGACCUCAUUGCCCAAAACUGACCUGGCUUCUCACAGGAUAGAAUUGGGGAUUUGAAUCCAGGUUUUCCUGUUUUAAAAGGCACUGUUUUAAGGAACCAGUUUUUUUGUUUGUUUGUUUCAAAAUUAGCUCACUGCUUUAAAAAAAUUGUACCAGAACCACUUAAAAAUGAUCUUGAGAACCUUUUCAAGCCCUGUAUGGCAUUGCUGGCAAUAGCUUUUUUAUGCAUUUGAAUGUGUGUAUGUGUGUCUGUUUAGUCAGGGACACACUUUACAAAAAUAGGAGCACUUCGGAAGUUACCCAGGCCUCUGCUCUGGCUGUAUGUUAGUCUGCAACUUUCAGCCUUUAGUGAUGAUUAAAUUCAUAUUGGUUUAACCAAUUUCGUGAAUGUAAAAUUAUGGUCCUUUUUGGUUACUGUUUGUCAAUCCCAAAGCACCUUAAAUUUUAAAAAGUAACAGUCCGAAAACAUAAGGGGGGUGUGCUGUCUGCUGGAAGAACAUGACUAGGUGGGACCAGGAUAACUUUUUUAAAUGUUCCCCAGUGCGUUGGAGUGGCAAAGCCCUGUUCUAGGCAAGGGGAAAUAAAAGAUUUUGAGUUUUCCAUAA